AUGAACUCAACACAAUCAUACCAACCACUCAAAGCUUUUGAGGUGACCAAAUCUGGCACUUUUACCACUCGCCAUCUUCAACUUCGUCAAAAUGGCGAGACGAUCCUGUGGAUCAACACUCAUUCCGGUUUCAUGCAACCUACCCAGAUCAAUCUGCAAAUGCAAUCACAAAACGGUCCCACCGUUGCGGCGGUAAGGCUGAAGAGGAUGAGUUCAGGCUGCCGAGUCAUGCUUGGCAGCCCGGACGGCACCGAUAGAGAGCAGUGGCAGGAUGUAGAAAGCCAAAGCUUGUCGGGCAAGCGGUACGGAUUCCAGUAUCAGGGUACGAGCUUCGCGUGGAAGAGGACGCAUAAGAAAGAAUUCGGGGCGUCCGGGUGGGGGAGAGGAGGCUUCAAGUUCGUGCAAGCCAGCAAGCCUGAUGAGAUCCUGGCGGUAUACAUCACCGACCGGAAGUGGUUCAACAACACGGAUAUUGCCAGAAUCGAAUUCAUGACGGAGCUGGGACGGGAGGUUGAGCUGAUGGCGCUCGCUGCUAUGCUUGGAAUCGCCGAGCAUAUACGCCGAGCGAAUCGUGCCAGCUCGGGUGGAGGUGGAGGCGGAGGCGGAGGAUGUUAG